CCAGAAAUCUUGACCGGAAGCGAACACGCUGCUAGACCCAAAUGGAUAAGAUACUGUAAACAUCCUGCUGCCUCGAAGCUGAUUUAGCCCCGAAUAAAAGCUACGUCAGAUUGUGGCAUGUCAUUCGCAAUGCAGCCUACCACAGGGCUCACGGCCCCAGACUCUUCUGUCUUGGGUGUCACCGUCAGUGGGAAUGUGCAGAAAUAUAGCAACAAAAAGAAGAAGAUUUUCAGUGCAGAAGAGUGUGAACUAUUUGAGCUUACUCAGGCUUCUGGGAUUAUUUUAGACCAGGAGGUCUUUAAGAUCAUUUUGGAUCUGCUAAAGAUGAACGUGGCUCCUCUGGCUGUCUUCCAGACUUUAAAAGCCAUGUGUGUAGGCCAACGGAUCACUGACACAUCCACUGGAGACAGCUCUUCAGCCUCCCUCUCCACCAGCCACCCUGAGCCCAGAGUGCGCACCAAAAUGGCCCCGACUCACACGGAGAAGGCAGGGAGAGACGGCUCCAGUCAGCGGGUGCCUCGGCAGGCCAGCACUAGUAGAGGGCUGAAGAAUACCAAGAGCCCUGGAAGCACUUCCUCUUAAUACACUCCAAAUAUGAGCCUGCUUUCUGCACAGUCAGUCUAAGAUUGGCACUUCACACAGAAGUCCAGAGCAGCAGAAGAGUGCAGACUGACUUUGGUCUGAAUUGUGCUUUAUUGCAUUUGUCUACUUAUGUUAAGAUUUUUUAUAAUGUGAGAGCUUUUUGGUUUUCUGUAUUCGUUAAUAUUGAUGAUAAUAAAGUUGCAUUUUGAUUGCA